AACUGGAGAGACGCGAUAGAAAUAUAAAUGGGGGUGGUUUAUUGGCAUACACCAGAAGUGACAUUCCAUCAAGGAGAAGAAAGGAUUUAGAAUCGGAUCACUAAGAAAAUAUUGUUAUAGAGGUACCACAAGUCAGAACUUCAAAUUUUGGUCAGAACGUCAAACGUCCGGUGCACAGUGCGAGUAGAUGAUGAUGAUGCAAUCCCUGAUUCCGGGUCCCGAUUCCAGGUUUUAGUCGACUCAGAAAAAUGGCCGCGCCCAUGACCAGGAAAAUAGUUGCAAAAAUAUAAACUGUCUUAUAUAAACCUUUGUUACGAUAAAUUUAAAAAGCAAAAAAGUCAAUAAUUACAGAUAUUUAACAAACUACAGGGAUGAGUUUAGAUGAAAAUGAGGAGGAUUACUGGGGGUCAUCCAGAGUGAAAAACAGCAAGAAGAAAGUUAAUAUCUUUGAUGACAGUGUUUCAGUAGAACUUGCAUCUGACUUGGCAAAGUUCCAGAAAAGUUUAGCAGAUGAUUAUAAUGAUGAUGAUAAUGCAAUUGGUUGGGGUGAUGAUCCUGUGUCAUCAUCAUUUCAGAGUUCAUCAUCCCAUCAAAGCACAUCAAGAGAUACAGUUCCAAAGACUCCCAGUGCAGGGCCCAGUCAACCCAAACCCAGGUUUGAGCCUCAAGUUGAACCACCCAAGAGACCCCAGCCAUCCUAUAUGACACACAGCCGAUCCAGAAGUGAUGUCUUGGUUGGAAGUUUGGGAAAAAUGAGUUUGGCAAAGUCUCCAAGCACUCCUGAUUCUAAAGGUUACAAAAUGGACAGUGAACCAGACCUGUCUACAGUUGUAGGAACGCGAGAGCAGAGCCAGGACAGCAGGAAGCCUUUGAGCAGCCAGGAGCAAGAUAUACAGUACCUUAAACAAAAAUUACAGCAAGCUGAAAGUGCUAUAGGUACAGCCAAAUUAAAAGUAGAAGAAACAAUCAAAAGGAUGAUAACUGGUCAGCCGUACUCACUGGAACAGUAUCGGUCAAAAGCAGAAAAACUGGCAUUGCUAGACAAGGCUAUAGAUACACAUGAUGGGAAUGCUAUUAUUGCUGCUAUUGUGUUUAUGAAGCGGACUUUAAAAGAUGCGCUAUUUAACUUGGAAUUGUUGAGGAGACCAGAAGCCGUGGACCAAUAUUUAGCGUACCUUAAAGCUCAUUACAAUAUGAACGAAUAUGCUCAUAUGUUAGAGCAGGCAGAUGCGGCAGGAAAUAAUAAAAAUUCUCGUGGGUUGUUGAACAGGGCAGAGGAGUUAGCUAUGUUCAAGUAUAAACAAGCAGUGAAUGUGGAUGAUCCUUUAGCUAAAAUACAGAGAGUCAAAGGUUGUUUACAGGCUCAUUUUGAGAUGACCCCUGGGCUAGAACAUGAUUGUGGACUGCUACAGCAACAGAUAUCCCUGCUUCAGAGGCAAAGACCUGUAGAUGUAGGAGAUGAAAUGUUGGAGAAAGAAGGAAAGCACAUGUUGUUCCGUCAGGUGCCGCGGAAAGCCUCUAUCAUUAACAUGCCUGUGAUUACCACACUGUAUUACUGUUGUGUGUACCACUAUGAGGAGGGUGAGAACCUGUUGUCAAGCCCAGCAAGCAUCCGGAAAGAACACCAGUUGACGGAGAAGCAGUAUGUAUGGACGGCAGUGAAAGCCAGGUCCAGGUUGAGAAAGUGGGGUGAUAUAGAAGAUAUGUGUAGGACCAAGGGCUUUUUUGGUACAAAGAUGAGGUGUGUUAUAGGAUUUGAUAAAGUAGCAUCUAUCAUAUAUAAAGCAGAAGCACCUCCUGAGGUACUGUGUCAGUACUUAAAGCUUGUGGAUGAUGUUGAUAAAAGACUGGAGCUUGCCAGGAGAAUGCAGUGUCAUGAUGCAGUCAUUGAGACGUUUCGUUCACAAAGAGACAGACAGGGAUUACAGAAAUAUGUCGAGGCAUUAAAACCUAAUUCCAGGGAGUGGUUCGUAGCCAAUGGUGUUUUGAAGGAUCAGACUGUGAAAUGGAAAACUUGAGGAAUUGUUCUCACUAUCAAGUACCACUGUGAUAUAAAUUGUGAAUCGUCAUUCCAAAUAACAGCAGGAUUUUGAGUUGCUAUGAACUGCAAAUACAUAGACUUUCUUCUUGAAGUACCUUUUUAUCAUAUAUUUUAUUAACAAAUAACAGGGAUGCAGAAUUCAAUGUCCAAAUUGCCAGCUUGUUGCACAGCCCAUCUGGACAAAUAGAGUUUCACUGCACUUUAUAUUAUUAGCUCAUCUGAUUUUUUGAAAAAAAAUGAUGAGUUAUUGUCAUCACUUGAGCGGUUGUCGGCAUCGGCGUCGGCGUCUGCGUCGGCGUUGCCUGGUUAAGUUUUAUGUUUAGGUCAGCUUUUCUCCUAAACUAUCAAAGCUAUUGCUUUGAAACUUGGAAUACUUGUUCACCAUCAUAAGCUGACCCUGUAUAGCAAGAAACAUAACUCCAUCUUGCUUUUUGCAAGAUUUAUGGCCCCUUUUGUACUUAGAAAAUAUCAGAUUUCUUGGUUAAGUUUUAUGUUUAAGUCAACUUUUCUCCUAAACUAUCAAAGCUAUUGCUUUGAAACUUGGAAUACUUGUUCACCAUCAUAAGUGGACCCUGUACAUCAAGAAACAUAACUCCAUCUUGCUUUUUGCAAGAAUUAUUGCCCCUUUUGGACUUAGAAAAUCAGUUUUCUUGGUUAAGUUUUAUGUUUAGGUCAGCUUUUAUCCUAAACUAUCAAAGCUAUUGCUUUAAACCUUGCAACACUUGUUCACCAUCAUAAGCUGACCCUGUACAGCAAGAAACAUAACUCCAUCCUGCUUUUUGCAAGAUUUAUGGCCCCUUUUGGACUUAGAAAAUAUCAGAUAUUUUGGUUAAGUUUUAUGUUUAGGUCAACUUUUUCUCUUAAACUAUCAAAGCUAUUGCUUUGAAACUUGCAACACUUGUUCACCAUCAUAAGCUGACCCUGUACAGCAAGCAACAUAACUCCAUCCUGCUUUUUGCAAUAAUUAUUGCCCCUUUUGGACUUAGAAAAUCAUUUUCUUGGUUGAGUAUUAUGUUUAAGGCAACUUUUCUCAUAAACUAUCAAAGCUAUUGCUUUAAAACUUGCAACAGUUUUUCACCAUCAUAAGUGGACACUGUACAUCAAGAAACAUAACUCUAUCCUGCUUUUGCAAGAAAGAUGGCCCUUUUUAGACUUAGAAAAUCAUGAGUAGGACAAUAUUUCUAUUAUACAAAAAAAAUCAGAUGAGCGACAGCACCUGCAAGGCGGUGCUCUUGUAUUAUACAGACAAUAAGAAAAUAGCUCAUGGCAAAAAUGGACAAGUAAGACAAAAUUAGAUUUUGCUGCUCCUGUUAGAGGGACUGUCAGCAAGCUGAAGCAUUUAAUGUGAACUUACUGCUUUCCCGCUGUAGAACAUCAUUUGCGUAAUUCAAGUGAUCUUCUUGAUCCUUUCUUUAAUAAAACACAUUAGGUUUCAGAAUCCAGUUUCUGUGAUAUUGGUUCACUUAAACUGGUGUUAUUUACAGCAAAAUGAAUUAGCAUUGCGUUUAAAUUUGAAGACAUAAAAAGUGCUUUUUCAAUAUUUUUAAAAUACUAGCACAGACAUAUUAUUGGGUCAAAUUCUUGUCCUGCAUGUUAAAAAUAUCUAACAACAAUAUAUAUUUUCUGCUUCAAAACCUUCAAAUCUGAGGGGGAAGACCUAUUGUUUUUGCCCUGUCCGUCCAUCACAGUUUAUUUCCUAUCAAUAACUGAAGAACCAUUUGACCUAGAACCUUCAAACUUUAUAGAAUGGCAGGGCUUAUGGAGUAGGCAACCGCUAUUGUUUUGGGGGUCAUUCCAUCAAAGGUCAUGGCCACAGGGGCCUGAACAUAGAAAACCAUUUCCAAUCAAUAACUUAAGAACCACUUGACCCAGAAUGUUUAAACUUCAUAGAAUGAUUGGUCAUGCAGGGUAGAUGACCCCUUUUGGUUUUAGGGUCACUAUGUUAAAGGUCAAGGUCACAGGAGCCUGAACAUGGAAAACCCAUUUCUGAUCAAUAACUUAAGAAUUACUUGACCCAGAAUGUUGAAACUUUAUAAGAUGAUCAAACAUGCAGAGUAGAUGACUCCUAAUGAUUUUGGGGUCACUCUAUUAAAGGUCAAGGUCACAGGGGCCUGAACAUGGAAAACCAUUUCUGGUCAUUAACUUGAGAACUACUUGACCCAGAAUGUUGAAACUUCAUAGGAUGAUUGGACAUGCAGAAUGGAUGACCCCUAUUGAUUUUGGGGUCCCUCUAUUAAAGGUCAAGGUCACAGGGGCCUGAACAUGGAAAACCAUUUCCAGUCAUUAACUUGAGAACUACUUGACCCAGAAUGUUGAAACUUCAUAGGAUGAUUCGACAUGCAGAGUAGAUGACCCCUAUUGAUUUUGGGGUCACUCCAUUAAAGGUCAAGGUCAUAGCGAAUAGAACAUGGAAAUCCAUUUUGGUCAAUAACUUGAGAACCAUUUGACCUAAAACCUUCAAACUUCAUUGGGUGGUAGGACUUACAGAGUAGAUGACCCCUAUUGUUUUUGGGUAACGCCAUCAAAGGUCAAGGUCACAGGAGCCUGAACAUAGAAAUCUCUUUCCAGUCAAUAACUUAAGAACCACUUGAGCCAGAAUGAUGAAACAAUAUGAUGAUUAGACAUGCAGAGUUGAUGACCCCUACUGAUUUUGGGGUCACUCAAUCAAAGGUCAAGGUCACAGGGGCCUGAACAUGGAAAUCCAUUUCAAAUUCAUAACUUGAGAACCACUAGGCCCAGAAUGUUGAAACUUAGUGGAAUGAUUGGACAUGCCAAGUACAUGAGGCCUAUUUCAGCCAACCAUCAGUAUCUCUUUGACUUUCGCUUCUUGUUUAUACGACUAUACAUUGGGGGAGACAUGCGCUUUUCUACAAAAGCAUCUUCUAGUUUCAGUUAUUUUUUUCAUACACCCUUCACAUUUGAUUUAUGGGAAAUAAAAUCCAAGUAUCAUUCUUCACACAUACAUAUGUUGGUUUCUGUUUAAAACAUACCAGCAGAUAUACAUAUAUUAUGUUUACUAUCAGAAUUCUUUAUAUUCAGAUAUGAUUGAAUUUUCAGGUUUAAAGUGCAUGCAAAAUUUUAAAAUGAUUUAAAUUAACAGCAAACACAAAAUGAUGAAAAUAACUUUUGUGUCUUUUUUUGUCUUUUGAAAAAUUUUGCUGUAAUGCUAACUUUUUGAAUAAAAUAUUUCCAAUGUAUGUUUUUCAUUUGUUAAGUUUUUUGUAAGUGCAAUAUUGUUGCAGAUAUAUUAAACUAAAUACUGAAGUUUUGUGUGUCUUUUUCAUCUUUUGCUGAUUUUUAGCUCUUAUAAUGUGGGUCAAUUUCACAGAGGAACAUAUGCAAUCAGUCCGGGCUCGAACCGAACCUGCAACCCCUCGCUUUCUAGGAGUGUUCUACAAACUUAGCUAACUGGCUGUUUUAAACGUUUCUUCACUUAAUAUGACAAAGUAUGUACUUGGAUAUUCCAGAAUAGUGGAAGAUUAUGGUUAUUUUUGCAGACUUUAUUAUGCCAUGGCAACCAAAGUGGAAUGAUUAAAAAAUCAAUAGUAACCAUAUCUAAAAGGUAAAGGUUACUGACUUUUGCCACUUGCCCUCUCAACUGUUGGUCAAAUUCUUUCUUGUAUAAAUGUCUUUCGGCUGGUUAUGGAAUGUUGCUGGUUCUAAUGGUAUACAGUUAAGAUGCAGGCACUUGAAGACCUAUUCCACAAAUAAAGUUAGUAAGACACUAUUAUGAUGAGAAGGCUGUUCCCACACUACCUCAGCCUUAUUUUAACUUAAGGUAGUUCUGCACAUCCAGGUUGAAAUUUUUUCCACAAUGCGGAAUUAGAUUACACUCUGAUUUUUUAAAACUUCAAAUAUACUUAGAAAAUUCAGCAAAUAAAAAAGAUAGGGUCAUGUGCUUGAUUUUUUGCUAGACUGAUUUGAAGAAAUUGGACCUCACACACUUUUUCAUAAUUGGAGUCUAUGGGAAAAUCAUAACUUACAUAACAUUUUUGCAAAUAGAAAUUUUUCUUCAAUGUAGAUUUUAAUGUAACUUCUAAAUUGUUGUAAAUGCACAUAUGGCCUUUAAUAUGGUGAUAUAAAAUGCAUAGGUCCAUGUGUUUAUUUUUGAGAUUUGAAAAAAAAGAUUAAAUACGCGAAAUGCAUAUGACCUAUGUGUGAUUUUUUUUUAUGAAUUACCCCCUUUUUUACUUAGAAUUUCAGGUCAAAGUUUUGCACUUUCAUUCUGUCUUAAUCAUUACUAAAUGGAUUUGAUUCAAACUGAAAGUAGUUGUUCCACAUCAUCUCUCACAUCAUAUGAUACAAGGUCCAUAGCUCUGGUACCAAUAUUUAAUGAAUUAUCCCCCACUUUUACUUAGAAUUUCGGGUUAAAGUUUUGAUGCACUUUCACUCUAUCUCAGUAAUUACUAAUUGGAUUUGAUUCAAACUUAAAAUAGUUGUUCAACAUCAUCACUCACAUCAUAUGACAUAAGCACCAUAACUCUUGCACCAAUAUUUGAUGAAUUAUCUCCCCCUUUUUACUUAGAAUUUCAGGUUAAAGUUUUGGUGCACUUUCACUCUAUCUCACUUAAUACUAAAUGGAUUUGAUUAAAACUUAUAAUAGUUGUUUCACCCUAUCACCCACAUCAUAUAAGAUACAUAAGUGUGGCACCAAUAUUUCAUGAAUUUUGCCCACUAACUUGGAAUUUAAGAAUAAUUUUGAUGCAUUUUCACUAUAUCUUAGUAGUUACUAAAUGGAUUUGAUUCAAACUUGAAGUAGUUGUUCCACAUCAUCACCCACAUCAUAAUUUAUGACACAAGGUGUAUAACCCCUGCACCAGUAUUUUAUGAAUUAUGUCCCCUUUUUGCUUAGAAUUAUACUUAAUUAGUGUUUUGAUACACUUUAUCUUUAUCUCCCUUAUAACAAUAUAUUUCUUACACAGACUAAAGCUAUUGUGCAAUAUCUUCAUCCACCAUUAGAGUCAUUAAACACUCCAGUAACAGCUCCAGCUUCCUCAGAUGUGUCCAGUUUCACUAUCCAGCAUUGAAAUAGUUGAAACCGUGCAUAGAAUAAUAAACUCUUACUAUACCCCUUGUGAAAUUUCUGUAAAAUCACAUAUUUUCUCUGGGUCAAAAUUUGGCGAUUUUGAACAUUUUAGUACCGUACUUUGGUGCCGUACUUAAAUUUGAAUUAUACUAAUGGUGAAUAUUUACUUGAGGAUUAAUGUUCGCGAGAUGAAGGGCCUCGCGAAAGCAGCCAAAAUUAAACUCUCGCAAAAAUUUCUGCUUUUGCAGUAUUCUACAGUUUUAUAAUCACUUUGCUUUGUUUAGAUAAAUGAAAAUAUGAUUUGCUAAUUUGUGAAAAUAAAUACUCGCAAAACUGA